UGCACGGAAGACCCGAGACUGGACCGAUCGCAGACCGAUUACACAGUAUCCCGCGGGCAACACUCGCGCUCACAACGUAGAGAGUCGGCUCCUCUCUCUCUCUCCUCUCUUGGUAUACGCGUCGCGUUCUUCAGUCAGUACAUUUGUGCAAAUCGUCUUUCGAGAUCAUCUUUCGAAAUUAUUUCUUGAAAUCAUCGGUGAUUCUCCGAAUAAUUAAGAUUUUGCGCUUGACAAAUCAAUUUUUCACUUCGCAAUCGAAACGCCCAUCGCAGAGAACGUUACCCAAGUUAUCUGAGAUCCAUCGAUCGUUGAGGAUCUCUGUUGUUAAAUCACUGAGCAAUCUCCUAAGAUUCGCGUUGAUCCCAAAACGAUACCGUACGGCUGCUCCGGCGACGAGCGCGAAACUACGUCUCGCGCGCCCAUCAAGAGUGCUUAGGAAGUGCAGUGUGUAAAAACAAAUCAGACUCAUUCCGCUCGUCGACGACGAGGUGACGCUGUGCUGUCUCACAUCAGUUUGCUCGUGAUUGUCUCGCAAAAAACUAACAAAUUUUCAUAUGAAGUUCCAUCAUCAAAUCCAAUAAGGUAUUGUGUUAUGUCUCACAAUCAUUUUCGCAUUUGAGACGAUACUAGUGGACAAUCAGGCGGAGUGCACAUAGAAGUAAAGAACAUCGAGAUUACUGAGUGGGCCUCCCCACAAAAGCCCACAAACAUGACAGAGGCAUCACGGGAUCCUGAGGUAGCCGAUUCAGAAAACGCUGACAACGGCAGAACAGCGUUGAACUUGACUUGUUCGACGACGAACAAAAAACCUCUUCCAGAGCGUGGAACAUGGAGCACCAAACUGGACUUCAUUCUUAGUGUGGUCGGUCUGGCAAUCGGUCUCGGCAAUGUCUGGCGAUUUCCUUACCUCUGCUAUAAAAAUGGUGGCGGAGCUUUCCUCAUUCCCUAUUUCUUGACGCUCUUCCUUGCCGGUAUACCCAUGUUUUUCAUGGAGUUGGCUCUCGGACAGAUGCUCACGGUGGGCGGCCUCGGAGUCUUCAAGAUAGCUCCGAUCUUUAAGGGCAUCGGUUACGCCGCCGCUGUCAUGUCCUGCUGGAUGAAUGUUUACUACAUUGUCAUCCUGGCUUGGGCAAUUUUCUAUUUCUUCAUGUCGAUGCGCAGUGAGUUGCCUUGGGGAAGUUGUAACAACCAUUGGAACACCAAGUAUUGCGUGAAUCCUUACGACAGAAGUUCGCUACUUUGCUGGUCUGAGGUCUCAUCACGGAAUGGUAGCGUCGUCAAGAUGUGCACGCUCAAUCAUGUCAACGUGUCGGUGACAGAGCUGACGGAUCCUGUAAAAGAGUUCUGGGAACGUCGAGCGUUGCAGAUCAGCGAGGGUAUUGAAUACAUGGGCAAUAUUCGAUGGGAAUUAGCGGGUACCUUGCUGCUAGUAUGGAUAAUCUGCUACUUUUGUAUCUGGAAGGGCGUCAAGUGGACCGGCAAAGUUGUCUAUUUCACCUCCCUCUUUCCGUACGUGCUGCUCACUAUUCUUCUAAUCCGUGGUAUCACAUUACCCGGCGCCAUGGAAGGUAUCCGGUUUUACAUCAGUCCGAACUUGUCUAAACUUCGAGAAUCCGAGGUGUGGAUCGACGCAGUGACACAAAUCUUCUUCUCGUACGGUCUCGGUCUCGGUACUCUGGUGGCGCUUGGCAGUUACAACAAGUUCACCAACAAUGUCUACAAAGACGCGUUGAUCGUCUGUUCCGUGAACUCGUCUACCAGUAUGUUCGCGGGCUUCGUGAUAUUCUCGGUGGUAGGCUUUAUGGCGCACGAGCAGCAAAAACCGGUCGCCGAAGUGGCUGCUUCUGGGCCGGGGUUGGCUUUCCUCGCUUAUCCAUCCGCUGUUCUCCAAUUGCCGGGUGCUCCGCUCUGGUCGUGCCUAUUCUUUUUCAUGCUGCUACUCAUCGGACUCGAUUCCCAAUUCUGUACAAUGGAGGGCUUCGUCACGGCUAUGGUGGACGAGUGGCCUCAACAGUUACGUCGUCGCAAGGAAAUCUUUAUCGCCAUUGUGUGCGCUCUGUCUUAUAUCGUAGGACUGACUUGCAUCUCUCAGGGUGGCAUGUACGUCUUCCAAAUCCUCGAUUCGUACGCUGUCUCCGGCUUCUGUCUGCUCUUCCUAAUAUUCUUCGAAUGCAUAUCGAUCAGCUGGGCGUUCGGUGUGAGCCGAUUCUAUGAUGCUCUAAGGGACAUGAUCGGAUAUUAUCCUCUCAUGUGGUGGAAAUUCUGCUGGACAGUGACCACGCCGAUGAUCUGCAUUGGCGUAUUUAUCUUCAACUUGAUUCAAUGGACACCUAUAAAAUAUUUGGAUUACGAGUAUCCCUGGUGGUCGCAUGUAUUUGGCUGGUUCACAGCGUUAUCCUCUAUGCUCUGUAUACCCGGAUACAUGGUCUAUGCUUGGAUGACUACGCCAGGCGAUAAUAGAACGAAAUACAAAUUGCUGAUCAAGAUAGAAGAUGACGUUACGACUUUACGAACAAAGAUGGGUCAGCCACCGGUCGAGCUAACACCCCUAUAAUUUCCGCUUCAGUCGGCAGCGAGCUCGCCUGUUUGAUAAUGCAGCCGUUCGUUAUCAUUCUGUAAGGAUAUCAUGAUAACGGCUAUUAUGUAACGCGUGCAACCGCAAUAGAUCGUCGAAAUUUGUCGUUCUUUAUUCAAGACGCAAUUUGACGCGAAGCGGAGAGCCAGCAAUCAAUCGAACGCCGGAAACGGAUACAUCCGACACUGCCCUCGGCCCCUCAUACUCUCUCGACAAAAAGCUUCGCUGGCUUUGUACAUAAAUUAUUUAUUGUCAUCGUAGCAAUUACAUUAUAUAAUCCGCGUGAAAGAUGAUGCGGAAGUUUGUGAAAACUCACAACAUUUUAGCUGAAUCGCCGAGUUCAUCUUGGAAUCAAAUAAGACCUGUGAACUCGAUUGCAUCGUCAUUGAUUGGUAUUAAAAUUGUUUAAAAUUAAUUUCAAUAUUUAUAUUGCUAAGAGAGUGGAUUAAUUAAAUAAUAGGCCACUGUAUUGUAAAUUAUAUUUCCAUAAAAUACACUACGAUACUUCUCUCUCAAACAAUUUUACA